UUGUCGGCAGUACGGCGGCGGAGUGGGGGGUGAGACAAGCACGUUCGCCUGGCGGGGAAGUGGCGGGGAGGGGCCGACCGCUCGGGCCAGAGCGGCCAGAACGUCUGGUUAGUCGCUGCGUCGAACACGCUCGCGGGCGCUCGGCGCCGCUUUUUAUCGAUACUGCGGCAUCGAAAGAGAGCUGCGAUACGUGGCUCACUGAAGACGCGAUUUUGGACAUCAUAUUAGUACCACCUGCCGCGUACAGUUUUUUGAUCCGCGUUUGCUAGACGUCUGCACUGUAGGAGCAGUAUCUGAUUAGUCGAGUGUCUACCAGAACAGCGCGCAGCUCGAUGAAGUGUUUCACAGCUCAACAUGCAAGCGCACCUACCUGCGUGGAAUACGGGGACCGCUCCUGUUGACACUUGCUCAGUGAGACAGAGGUAAACAGUGCCGUCGUGUGCGACACAUCCAGUCCCCCCUCCUCCCCCCCCCCCUCCUGCCACCUUCCACCCCCUCCCCCCCCACCUCCCUCGCGCCCCCGUACCCCCUCCACGCGGCCGCGCGGCUGUCAAGAGGCAAUCUGUAAGCGGCUCACCAAUACGACGACUCGCCGUGACCGCGUGGCUCCCGAGCCAGAUCCUAAUUUAUCGGGGCCGAUAAACCGGCCGUGGCAGCCAGCAGCUUUGAAGUGUGCCGCGCCGCCGCAGGCACAGACGCGCCGGCGAGAAGCGAGCGGCCGGCUGCUGCCUCCCGCCUCCUCCAGCGCACCCCGCCGGCGGAACGAGACGGCGCGGUGGAGAGAAGAGAAGAGAAGGACGGCGGCGACAAAAGGAAGCACGCGAGGAGGAGCUCGCCUAAUAAAUCUGCGCCUGCAAUUGCAAUACUUCUCCCCUUCAUUUGCCCCGGCCUGUAGCCGUUCGCCCCGGAGGAGUCGACCAAUCGCCCCGCGGUCGGCGGUCGUCGCAGACGUCUGCCCUGGCCAGCCCUCUUCAGCGUCAACUGGGGACCGCCUUCCAGCUCUUCACUGUGCGCCAGUUCGAAGACAUUGGGCUACGACUGUGCUUGUCAAACUACACUGACAUUUCGACGCGAAUUGUAACACUUUCUUCCAUUCCGCAGGAAAGUGACUGGUAAAGAACUGUGAAAAAAAGAUAUAUUCUGCCGUGUGACAGUUGAACAGUGCUGAGAUAUGGACAUUUGAGAUGACUAGAUCCAAGACAUCAAUGGCAACAUGUGAAGUGUGUUGGUAGAAGUGCAUUUUAAGUGGAUAUGCUGAUAGUGGACAAGAAUUUUGGGCAGGCCUAUCAGGGAAAUACACUGUACACUACCGAAGUUGAGAAUGAGUAUAUCUUCCCUAAUGGAGUGGAAAAAAGAAUUCUGAAAGUGACUUCUCAAUACUUUUGAGGUGGCCUGGGAAGCGAAAUUGGUGAGUGUGUGUCGUUUGCACCUAGGGGACGUAAAAUACAUGGUCACAUAGUGUUUGAUUGGAGUGAUAAAACUGAAUGUUUUAGAGUGAUGGUGUAUUUGUGAAGAUGCUUCCGUUGUCAUUAAAUGGUAUGAGUAAAGAAUAUUUGAACUGAACUUCUGGGAUUGGUAAGCUUGUAAUCGUUAGUAGACUGGUGUACUUUGGAUAGACUUGCUUCGACGCUGGAAACUGAGCAUCCAAUUGGGACCAAAUAAUAAUUCUGAAGUGGCCUGGGAGUGAUACUAAUGACAGUAUCAUUUUACACCGACAGGACUACCUGAAGUCGUCGAUAUUUCAGUUUGAACGGGCCUGUAGAGCAGUGAUAUACGGAUGGAUGUCAGAUUAACCUGCUAGGCGUUGCGCGUUUGAGCAGAGAUCGUACCUAUAGCAGCGCAGACGUCCACCGAUGAGCAGGCGGUGAGGAGAGUCGGAGACGUGAUCCGAUGGACGCAGUGGGCUUCCUGAGGGUGCGCAGUCUGCCCCAGAUGUGCAGCAGCCCGCUGGCCGCCUCCGACUCGGCGCCGGGCAGCCCGCUGGAGGCGUCGCCGCAGCCGCCUCCGGGACGGCGCCUCCGCGACGACGACACGGACGCCGACGAAGACGACGACGACAUUAGCGUGGGCUGCCCGUCGCCCUCGCCGGCGGCCGUCCGCCGCCAGCAGCAGCGCCAGCGCAGCCCCGUCUCGUCGCCCGGCUCCUCCACCUGCCGCACCGCGACCUGCGACGCCGCCUCCGACGACGACGACGAGGACGACGACGUCGUCCGGCGCGACGAGGAGGAGGACGACUACUUCAAGCCGCUCAAGAGGCUCAAGAUGAUGAACAUCGACAAGGCGGCGGCGGAGAGGCCUGCCAGGCCGACGCCGCCUCCGCUGCCGAGCGGAGUCGAGCGGACCGCCUCGGCGACGCCCCCACGAGCCUCCGGAGGCGGCGUAAAGUCCUUCUUCAUCCUCGACAUCCUGAACCACUGCCCGCGUACCAACGGCCAGCAGCAGCAACAGCCGCCCCCGACGUCGGCGGCGCCGCCUCCGGGCGACCCGACGCCCGCCUCUACUGCCCGGAUCGUGCGCCCCUGGGACUUGGGCCCCGCGGCGGCGGCGGCGGCCGUGGCGGCGGCGGCGGCAGCGGCGGCGGCGGCCGGGGGCGGCGUCGUGCCGGUGGACAGGUACCGCGCCAGCGCCGCCGCCCACCACCACCGUCCCAAGUCGGCGGACUUCUGCUACGCCAGCGAGACCACGUGCAGCAGCGGCCGCUCCAGCAGCGACUGCUGCACCAGCCCGGACCUCGCCGCCAGCCCGGCGUCGGGGGCGGCGGCGUCGGCGGCCAGACACCCGGGGGCGGCGCAGAGCUCCGGGGGCGGCGGCAGGCACCCGGCGCGAUGCGGCAAGGGGGCGGCGGGCCAGCACCACGGCAAGGGCGGCGCCCAGGGCAGCAACACGUCGCCGCUGGACGCGCUCUUCCAGAUGACGAGCAAGACCUUCGAGGAGCUCAACGGGGAGGCCGUAUCAGAGGGCCAAGCCAGCCACCUGAACCUGUUCAACUCGCGGCAGCAGGCGAAGAAGAAGCGGAAGUCGCGCACGGCGUUCACCAACCAUCAGAUCUUCGAGCUGGAGAAGCGCUUCCUGUACCAGAAGUACCUGUCACCUGCGGAUCGCGACGAGAUUGCGGGUCAACUGGGCCUGAGCAACGCGCAGGUCAUCACGUGGUUCCAGAAUCGGCGUGCCAAGCUCAAGCGCGACAUGGAGGAGCUCAAGAAGGACGCCGGGUCCACCGACGUCUUGACCGCGCACAGGUCCUUCCUGGAGAAGGUCACCGACCUCGGCAUUCUGAAGAAGAAGGCGCCCUCGAGCAUGGCGGCAGCUGCGUCCUCUGUGGGGGUAGCAUCUGGAGUCUUCGGGGGCGGAGGCGACUCGGGUGUCGACAAGUAGAGGGCACUUCUGCAGGACAAGUCACACAGCGUGGAGUAACUGGGUGGACACUAACUACGUAAACAUUUGAAUUCUGAAGAGUGCGACUCACUUGUGUGAUAUCUCGCCACAGAGCACUGUUCAGGCACUUUUUGACAGGUAUUUUGUUCCUGUUAUGAGAGAUGGUCACUUUCCCAUUUCACAGUCACUUCACCAAUAGUCGACUGGAAGAACUUUGCAAGUAUUCAAACGUCCGUGAAUGGACUGGUCAGGAGCUGAGUGACUUCGAACGUGGACUAGACGUUGUUUGUCACUUGAGUAACAAAUCCACCACGGACGUCUCAACACUUGUGAAGGUCUUCCACUCAUCACUGUCAGGAUUUAUGCGAAACUGCGAGCUCAGAAAGAUGAGGACUCACUAUGUUAACCUUUAUAAAAGUGAAGAAACCUAGGACUCAACAGAUGUUGAGUAACGCGUGGCAAGACGUUUAUUGUUGCGAACAUUUACCACUACAGAAGAUCCAGUUCUAGAUUUCAUGAUAAAUUGUUAUAAAAAUGUAGUCAACACUGAAUAAUACUGUCUUACGAAUGAUGGAAAAGUUACAUAGCUGCAGCCGGCUUUCGCUUUGAAACGUAAAAGUUUGGACUGUUCUGUAGCUUCUAUGGUGCACUUAAAGUCUUAAUCCGUACAAAAAGAAAAAAAAACCCUUAUCAAUAAUACUUCAGUUACUUUGCGGAAUUGGCAUCUCUAAUGGAAGAAAAGGGAAAGUUAUGUAGCAAAAACGAAUUUAGGGAGACAAGAACGCUAUUAAAGAAAGAAAAACUACUGUAUAACCAGUGAAUAAAUGUGUUAUAACCAUGGUGCUGUUUGGAUGCUUAGCUCCAAAUUCAGAUCACAUAUCGUUUCAUGAUUGAAAAACUAGUAACUUUAAUGAGUAUCAAAGAAUGGUUUUGUUGAUCUAACGGUUUAGCUUACAGUCAUAUUUACAAAUGCAGUUCCGUCUUACAUGAAAACUGUUUUUCACUUUCAGCCCCUUGCUAAAUUUUCUGUUUAUAAAUUCCAAUAACAUAAGCACAUUCCCGCGAACAUAAUAUGAGGGAUAUUGUGCAUAAUUUUACUAUGAAGUCUUAUUUUAAUACAAUUAUCUGACACUGUUAGAAGGAGAGCGAGAGCUAUAUCAGUGUAAAAAGCUCCCAAAAAAGAAGUUUUACUGCCUAGGUCGCUGGCAGUUGAUAUGUAUGUUGACUACCAGCUUCAGUGAAGUUGAGCAGGUCUGAAGACAUCAAUAAAGCAUCGCUGGAAUUAGUAAUCAUUAUAUAUAUAUCAACUGAGAUAGGGGCAAAAAACUUCUAUGUUGGAAGCUGUAUUACAUGUCUGUAUUUUGUGUAUAAUAUCGUGAAGGUGCUAUUUAUCGAGAAGUUACAUUCUCUGUAACAUGUUCAUAUCACGAGGAAUGAGUAUGACAAAGCAGGGGGCAUGGUAGUGUAUGUUCAGCUCAUUUCUGCUUCAGAGACAAGAACGUAUGUGCAGUGCUGUGACAAUUGCAUCUGGUGUCGCUCUAAAGAGAGAGAUGAAGGUUGCAAAUGUGAAUACUCGCCAGGGAGUGUAGCUAACUUGCGUCAUCGUUUCGUACAUGUAAGUGCUUCAAGCUGUAGUUCCGUAACUGUGAAAACAGAGGUCAAUAUCUACCUUUAUUAUCCUAAUUUUGUUACUUCGCUUCAAUUUUGUCGCAACCACAGUGAAAUCCAUAAAGGAUAUAAAUUGUAAAUUCAAGUUACUUGUGUCAAAAGUGAUUGGUUAUCUCAGACUAAUAGGAAUAAACAACAGCUAGCGUAGAGAGAUAGAUAUAAAUGUUGUAGUCUUACAAUAACAAUAGAAAUGGCGAAUCGAAUUGCUGUAAUAUAUAUUCAUACAGUUAUAUAUCCACGAUAAUUUAUUCCUAUGUGAGUUAAUAAAACAGUAUUA